UAUUCCUGGGAUCCUCCCAUGCAAUGGAGACUCCCCCCAGAGGUCCCCGCUGCUGUGGGGACCCACCUUGGACCUGUGUCGAGCCCCUCAGUGCGAUGGGACCCCCCUGUCCCACAGACCGGCUGGUGCUGCAGGUGCCGGCACGGGCACUGCUGGAGGGGGACACAGUAACACUGCGCUGCCGGAACAGGAAGGAUACAUCGGUCAGCAGGGUGCGAUUUUACCAGGACGAGAUGGAUCUGGGGAGGACACUCAAUGGGACAGAGCUGUCCCUGUCCCCCCUACAGCCACACCACAGCGGCCGCUACCACUGCGAGGGCUUGGAGGGCUUCAAGCUGUCACGGUCAGUGCCCGUGACAGUGACAGUGCACGUGCCCGUGGCCAAUGCCACCAUCAGCCCCGGUGCCCUGGCACAGCCGGUGCGCGCAGGUGACCCCGUGACCCUGCGCUGCUCGGUGCAGGUGAGCUCAGCCCCUGUCACCUUCACCUGGCUGCACAACAGCAGCGAGGUGGCCCGGGGUCCCCUCCUGGAGCUCGGGGGCGUCCAUGUGGGACAUUCCGGCACCUACCAGUGCCUGGCCACCAACCAGCUGGGACAGGAUGGGCACCACGUGUUCCGGGCACUCAGCCCCGAGCUGGCACUGACGGUGACACCACGGGCACACUGGGACACAGGUGGGGUCACUCGGGGUCAUUGGGAUUGCAGCACCCCCGCAGUGACAGGUGACCCUGAUGUGUCCCCCUCUGUCCCCAGCAGUGGCUGCAGGGCCCACCCGCAGCCCCCGGCACCCCUGGUGGAGGAGCCUCAGGCGACCUACAUGGAGCUGCUGGGGCCGCACAGGCAACCGUGGGAACCCAGCGACAUCUACGACAAUCUACAACAAAAGCUGUGA